UGACCGGAUCGAAUUAGGUUGGAUACCCCUGGCAAUACGAGCACCCUUGUUCUUGUUUGAGCCAAAGUACGCAGCUCAAACCAACUUUAACAAACUUAAUACGAAACGGACCAAAGGUGCAACUUCGCACUUGGGAAGAGGCUCGGUUGGUUUAGGUCGAAGAUCGGCCAAGAUUGAGGUGAUUUUCAAUCAAUAGGAAGCAGCUCUCGUCGCUGGAACACACCUACACGCAAGGAUUUCGGUGACAAGGUCACGUUUCAUUCAAAAACAAUAGCCACCUCUUACACAAGGCUUCAAGCCCUUUAAAUAGACAACCAUGAUCCUAAUUCGACUUCUAAACUAACUAGGAACCAGAUCUGACUCUUAAACAAAUAAGGAAACAAGAAUCCAAACUUUAAAGGGAAAUACAAUUCGGUUGCUUCAACCGCAAGAUUCUGCCUUCCAGCGUAAGCAACCCAUUCUAGGCUUUCUAGCCAUUUUGAGGCUCUUGAUCGAGGCCUUCCAGAGGGAUUCGACCCAAACAGGAUUCAGUCGUUUCUUCUCCAGGAUCGAACUUAAAGUUCCAGCUCCCUUCUUCCAUCGACAAUGCUCCAUCUGCUUUGAAUAAGCUUCCAUAGGCGGCAACUCAAACUGAUCCCAGACUUGGCCAAAAUUAGGCAGAUUUCUAGUUUCAACAUAGCAGUUGAGGCAUCGAGAAAGUGGCUUCAAAGGCUCGUUCUUUUUCAACCAGGACUUCAAUCAUGGAGAAAAGCACUUGAAAUUCAAAUCCGAACCCUUCCCUUAUAUUUCCACCAACCUAGAUGUAAGAUAUAAACCUGCAAAGUAAGCACCAUGAAACAAUAUGAACACUUAGCCAAAUUCUUCCAUUUUUCCUUCCAACGUGGAUUGAUCUUUUGGCAAGCAUUUGAUUCAUGUUUAAGGGAUAAUUUAGUAUCAUAUCAGGCCCCCUUCUUUAAAAAGCUUUGCCCUCAAAACUGACUCACCCCUGCAUCCAAAAACACCAUUAAACUCCACCCAAAAAGGAUCGCAAAUGCAGCCCUCUGUGGGCCGGAAAGUUGAACUCUAACAAACUCCCCAAAUCGGCGAGUUGGCGAAUCUCGUUGUUCCACAACACUUGAUUGCUUGAAUCGUGUUCGCCAACCAUCCAGGAUCCUCCUCCAUUCAACCCCAUUGCGUGAAUUCGUCGUUUGUAUUUUUCCCGCCGUCGGAAAAUUUAAAUUUCCCAGAAUCCGGCGAUGUGAGCCCAGAAUCUGGCGACGCGAAAUCAAAAUUUGGGAAAUCCAUCUCAGACAUGCUCGAGCCGAUUUCUUUUUUUCUACACAAUCCUCAAGAUUCCAGAAAGCGAACCCAAGUGUCCAAUUGCAUCGAUUUGACACCAAUCUCCAGAACCCAUGCAGUGUUCUUUCGGUCGACACCUUGCAUAUUUCGGCCCUAAUUGGUCGAAUUGGGCGUUUGAAUUCAAGACUCCUCAUCCCAAUUCAAGACUCCUCGUUCCAAUUGGUCGAAUUUGUCGAAUUUUCCUCUAAAACUGCUCGUGUCUUUCUUGGCUGUAAUGAUGUUUCUAAGGGUUAUCACUGCUAUGAUCCAGCUCUUUGUCGCAUUCGUAGAGCCUGCAACGUGGUUUUUAUAAAAAAAUCUUAUGUUCUACUCUUCAUCUUCUACCACCACUCCUUUGUUUGAUACCUCUUUGGAUCUUCCAUCCUUUUCUGACACUGAUGAUGAUAUUGAUGAUGGCUUCAACCAGCUGCCCCAUGCGACCCCGCCACCUCCCUUUGCUGUCACCACCGCCGUCUCUGCCAUCGCCUUUGCCACCACCACCAGUUCGUCGCUUGAUGCGCUCCAACCAUGGGGAACCUCCUCCUCGUCAUAAUGAUUUUGUUUCUUAUGGUGUUGAUGCUCUUGCAGUUCCUACUCGAUACUCCCAGGCUAAGGAUGAUCUGAACUAGAAAAGAGCUAUGAUAGAGGAGAUUGCUGCUUUUCUUGCUAAUCAGACCCGGGUUGUUGUUUCUCGUCCUCCUGAUCGCCCGGUUGUUGGGUCUCGCUAGGUGUAUGCCCUCAAGUUUCUUCAUGAUGGCACUUUGAAGCGGCACAAGGCACAUGUUAUUACUCAGGGAUUCAGCUAGGAGUUUGGUGUUGAUUUUGAUGAGACAUUUGCCUCGAUGGCGAAAUUUUUUUCUGUUCAAACUCUCCUUGCUCUGGCCGCUGUUCGUUGUUGGCCUCUGUAUCACUUGGACGUCAAUAACACUUUUCUUCAUGGCGAUCUAAAGGAGACAAUGUAUAUGGAGCUUCCUCCUGGCUACUCUCCGCCCAUUGAUAUUCUGGAUCAUGUAUGUCUCCUUAAGCGUUCCCUGUAUGGCUCAAGCAGGCUCCGCGGACGUGGCUUGAUAAGUUCCAGUCUACCAUUUUGGGUCUUGGUUUUCAUCAAAGCCAGAACGACCAUUCCCCCUUUACACGCCGCUCUGCUUGUCCUUCUUCUCUAUGUUGAUGAUAUGGUGGUUACUGGUGAUGAUGAGGUUGGGAUUAAGGCACUUACUCAGGGUCUACAUGAGUCGUUUACUUUGAAGGAACUUGGGCCUCUCUCUUACUUUCUGGGCUUAGAGGUGGAGCGCUCACCAGAGGGCAUUUUACUUCGUUAGAAGAAGUACAUCACUGAUCUUCUUGAGACGACUAAGUUUUCAUAUUGUUCUCCUCUUUCGACUCCCAUGGAGUUGAAUGUGAAAUUGGGGAUGGAGAUAGGUGAACUAUUAGCUGAUGGUGGAAAGCAGUAUCGGAGUAUUGUUGGCAGUCUUAUCUAUCUUACAUCGACUCGUCCUGAUAUUGCCUAUGUUGUUCAGAUUGUCGCCCAAGACGGAUCAUCUAGCAACUGUUCAUCGUCUUCUUCGGUAUCUUCAGGGUACUCGCGGAGUAGGUUUGUUCCUUCCAGUGACAAGGUCACUUGUUCUCCAGGCCUUGUCUUACAGUGAUUAUGCAGGAUGUAUUGAUACAAGUCGUUCCAUGACAGGUUGGUGUAUUCGUCUUGGUGGUUCUUUCAUCUCUUGGAAAUGCAAGAAACAUGAUCGGGUAUCCAAGUCCUCCACCGAAGCAGAGUACAGAGCUAUGUCUGAUGUGGUCUCUGAACUUGAGUGGCUUCAGCGGUUACUUGAUGAUUUUGGAGUGACUUGUGAGAUUCCUAUGGAGCUUUUUGUUGAUAACACUAGUGCUAUCCGCAUUGCUAUGAAUCCUGUUAUGCAUGAUCGUACAAAUCACAUUGAAGUUCAUGUGCACUAUAUUCGUGACUUGGUUCGAGAUUGUGUUAUACGCAUCUUUCAUGUUAAGUCAGAGGAUCAGAUCGCAAACCUGCUAACUAAGGCUUUCACUGCCAGUCGUCAUUUCUAUCUCGCUGGCAAAUUGAUGAUGCGAGACCUCCAUUAAUUUGGGGGAGGCUGUUAAGUUACUGAUUGUAUGGUUUCAUAUGGGCUUUAGUCCAUUUUAGCAUUGUGUAAUUAUAGGCCUAGUUACGUAGACCUCUUCCUUGGCCGAUUCCCUUCUCCAUCUCAGCUAGGGUUCGACAUUGAGUUUAAAAAAGUUAGUGGUUCAUAGUUCAAUUAUUAGAAUACAUAAAAAUAGUAUAG